CCCUCCCCCCGCACAGAAUCAAAAAUGUCGAGUCAACCUCUUCUUCAGACUGCCCCGGGCAAACGAAUCGCCCUCCCAACCCGCGUCGAACCAAAAGUCUUCUUCGCCAACGAGCGAACCUUCCUCUCCUGGCUCAACUUCACCGUCAUCCUAGGCGGCCUCGCCGUCGGCCUGCUCAACUUCGGUGACCGUGUCGGCCGUAUCUCCGCCGGCCUCUUCACCGUCAUCGCCCUGGGCACCAUGAUCUACGCCCUUUUCACCUUCCACUGGCGAGCGCAGAGUAUCCGUCGCCGAGGACAAACAGGAAUCGAUGACCGAUUCGGGCCGACCAUUUUGGCCCUAUCAUUGUUGGCUGCUGUCGUGGUGAACUUCAUACUUCGUGUUCGGGAGGGGUUCUAAGCAUUUGGGCUGUUGGUAUGAAAAUUUGCGGUUUCAUUUAUAUCCCCUUUUUCUCUGUCAUCAUCAUUAUAUCUUUCUUUCUUUCUUUCUUUCUUUCUUGGGCCUCUCUCCCUUUGGCAUGAGGAGAGGAUUUUGGGUUUUAUUGCAGCUGUAUACGUAUACUGCUUAACUGGAAUGGCUGGAUGGUUUAGACGACAUGUCACAAUUAUGAAAUUGUCAGGUUUUGAUACAACAUUGAUCAUUCGUUCGCAGCAAUGUUUGGGUUGUUUUCGUUUAUCAUUCUGUGUUUGAGCGAUUUGCAUGUCUUAUUGAGAAGGAUUGUAGUGCGCUACUAAGCUGCCACUACUUUAUCUAUUUGCAAAAAAGAAUAAAAGUUGAUUCAUGGACAUUUGCCUCUUCAAUAUACAAU